CAAAAUGGCAUGAGCUCCGAAAUCUCAAAAUAACAAAAUUGCCCUCGUAAUCUCGACCACAAUUCCACAAAGAAUCUUUCGAACAGGAACCGGCGAGCGGACCACAAAUCAUCUGCUUGUCAAAUUGAAAUUGCAGUAGCGUGCGGUUCACGCAUCAUAAACGACAAAAACAGAAGCAGCGCGUGCAUCGCACGCAAGUUCAGUUACUAUUCCCAUCAUCUUGCUUUCUCUCCGGACCUUGGCCUGAAAAAGAAUUCUCAGACACGCGAAGCCGUCGCCGGCGAGGGAGACGGAACCUAGCACCCUCGAGGUGUCUCUCUCUGUUCGUUAUUUCCUGGAGGGUUGUUCCUUUCCCCCGCUGUAGUGGAAUUAGACCCUACAUUCGUCUGAUUGUGGGAACAAGAUUUCUUGGGUAUGAUUCUGUUCGGGUUUCCGCGGAUUGGCUAUCAGAAGCUCCUAAUUUGAUGUUUGACCUCUCAGUUUCAGAGCAGAAAAUACAGUUUAUCCGGGUGCAGGGUCUGUGAGUUGUGGAUUUCAAACAACCUCCCAAACCCUAUUGGGUUUGCGGAUAAGAUUGUGGGGAAGCCAAGGACAGAGGAAUCUAUUGAUUCAAAGGUUAAGGUUUCUACAUGGAAAUAGACCUUGAAGUAAAUGCAGAUGAACAUGAAAUGGAAGACUCUAGAUCUAAUGGAUUUGGAAAUACAAUGAGUGAAGGAGAGACACAAAGAGAGGAUGAAUUGGCGUUGAAUUUUCCAUCUGUUGAUCAUGCUUUUGCUGAAGAGGAUGAAAAUUUUGAGCCUUGUAAGGGAAUGGAAUUUGAUUCUCAUGAGGAAGCAUAUCUGUUUUAUGAAGAAUAUGCUAGGUCAUUAGGAUUCACAAUCAAGAAGAAGAAUACCCGACGUUCAACUCUGACAGGGAAGUUCAUUGAUGCACAUUUUGCAUGCUUUAGACAAGGAAGCUAUCGUCAAAAGGGUGAAGCUGUUAACUCACGACCUUCUCAUAGGACAGAUUGCAAAGCAAGCAUGCAUGUGAAAAGAAGACAAGACGGAAAGUGGGUUGUGCAUAAUUUUGUAAAAGAGCAUAAUCAUGAGCUUUUGCCUGCUCGAGCAUUUUUCUUCCGACGGCGCAGGAGCAUGAGUCUAAUUAGCAAGAAAAUUUUAGAUAUUUUACACAUUGCCCAGAUACAAACAAGUAAUGUUUGUGCUAUGAUGUCCUCCAAUCAACACAGUGGAUAUCAAAGUGUUGAUUGUCCAGAGGAGGACAUUAGGAAUCAAAUGGAUAGAGAAGGGCGAUUGGCUAUAGAAUCAGAGGAUGCACGAGCUAUGCUUGAUCAUUUUAUGCAUAUGCAAGAGGAGAAUCCUAACUUCUUCUAUGUAAUUGAUUUGAAUGAUGAACAGCGUUUGAGAAAUGUUUUCUGGGUUGAUGUUAAAGGAAGGAAUGAUUAUUUCAGUUAUGGUGAUGUGGUUUAUUUUGACACUACAUAUCUUGCAAAGAAAUAUAAGGUUCCUUUUGUUCCUCUUGUUGGCUUGAAUCAUCAUUUUCAGCCAAUAUUGUUUGGAUGUGCUUUACUUGCGGAUAAGGCUAGACCAACGUUUAUUUGGUUAAUGCGUACAUGGCUCAAAGUAAUGGGUGGUGUAGCUCCAAAAGUCAUAAUUACUAACCAAGAAAAAGCCGUGAAGGCAGCUGUUGCAGAGGUCUUCCCAAAUAUACACCAUCAAUUUUGUUUGUGGCAUAUAUUAAGGAGUGUUACUGAGAAGCUUGGUCAUGUAAUUGAAAGAAAUAAAAACUUUAUUGAAGAGUUUAAUAAUUGUGUUUUCAGGUCAUGGACAGAGGGCGAGUUUGAAAAUCAAUGGUUGAAAAUGAUUGAAAAUUUUGAAAUUCAAGAGGAUGAUUGGAUUAUAACAUUGUAUGAAGACCGGAAACAUUGGGUGCCAGCUUAUAUAAAAGAUACUUCUCUUGUCGGGAUGUCAAGCACCCAUCAAUCUGAGAAUAUAAGCUCUUUCUUUGACAAGUAUGUAUACAAAAAUACCCCAUUGAAAGAAUUUUUAGUGCAGUACAAAGUUAUUCAACAAGAUAGUCAUGAUGAGGAAUCUAAAGCAGAUUUUGAUACAUGGCAUGGGGUACCUACUUUAAAAACUCAUUCACCUUAUGAAAAGCAAAUGUCAACAAUCUAUACACAUGAAAUAUUCAGAAAGUUUCAAGUUGAAGUUUCGGGAAUAGUUGCAUGCCAUCCUAGAAAGGAGAAAGAAGAUGGGACCAAGAUAAUAUAUACAGUCCUUGACUAUGAGGCACAAAAGGAAUACAUAGUGGCCUGGGAUGAAACAAAGUCAGAGGUGUCUUGUUUGUGUCAUUUGUUUGAAUAUAAAGGCUUUCUUUGCAGGCAUGCAAUGAUUGUUCUCCAAUUUUCAGCUGUGACUGAAAUCCCAUCUCAGUAUAUAUUGAAACGGUGGACAAAAGAUGCAAGGAGCAGGCAUGCCAUCGGACAGAGAUCUGAGGAAGUAGACUCCAGGGCAAAACGCUGCAAUGAUUUGUGUCAGCGGGCCAUUAAUUUGGGGAUUGAGGCUUCAAUAUCUCAAGAGAGUUACGAUAUUGCAGUUCAAGCACUUGAGGAAGCUAUAAGAAAAUCUACAAAGGUAAAUAACUCUAUAAAGUAUACCACAAAGCCCAGCGCAUCAGCAGUUCAUGGUGGUUUUGGCACUGAAGAGACCAUGCAAAGGCUGGAGCAUUUAAGUUCAAUGAUGCCAGCUUGUGAUGACCAAUAUGACAUACAACAGAGAUUUUGAGGGGAUGAUUAAAUGCAAUUCUAGUAACACUUAAAAGUUACUAUGGAAAUCAACAGAGCAUGCAGGAUGAUAAAUAUAUGGGGUUGAGAUAUGUACCCAAUUUGGUUUUUGAUUAAAUAUUAGAUAGAUUCAAACUUUGGCAAGGUGGAAAAUUUGUAGAGGUGUUAAAAUUGUAUGGUUAGCAGUUUUUCCUUGAUUAGCUGCUUGCUCUUUUUAUGAUUUAAAUUUGCCAACUAUCUUUCAUGACGUAAUCAACUAGUCAUGCCAACUAAAUUGUAGCAGGAAGCCCUCCAUUUUGUACUUAGCCAUAUAGGCUAUUGCACUCACAAAAAAUGAUGUCAAAGUAUUGUGAUAAUGAUUUGAAAUUUUAGUCAUA